AUGAUAGCAUCUAGAGUAGCGAGAUCAUUGCCUGGUAAUCCAAGAAUAUUUACCCCCUUCUUGGGGCUUCAAUCUUCGAUGAUAAAUAGAGCAUAUUCAACCCAAGUGGAAAAGAAGAAAAAGAAGACCCAACAGGCAGAUAUAUCCCAAAUUCCUAUCAAAAGUAUUGGUGUUAUUGCAGAUUUUUAUAUUCCUCCAAAAUACUUGAAAAGUCCUGUUACGUCAUGGCACAAGCUUUUGUUCAGAAGAAUGGGGUUAUUUGCUAUUAAUACCUACAGUAUUGUGAAAUUUAGAAGGGAAACUGGUUUAAAGCUCCACUUCAACCAGUGGAAAGACACGGCUGUGGAACAGCUUGUCAAAACGAAUAAGAUUUUUGCAGCAUCUUGUUCCAUUCCUAGUGCAAAGAGAGAAAACUACCUUAGAAGUCAAUUGGAAGGUGUCACUGGUGGUGAAGUCACCAAGAGUUUAGUUAACAGAGCUAGUACAUUCCCACCAAAUUCGAAAUUGGAAUGGGAGCUCUUAAAGAUUGAAUCUAACCCAAAGAUUGUAUCUUUCAAUGCGUUACCUGAUGCGAAUAACAUCACUGCUUUGGUUCAGUUUGUUAUUCAAGUUAAAACUAGGCAAAAAUUUACCAUUACCACAAUUAACAGUAAAGAACCACAAGUGACAGAGAGCUCGGUUGAAAAUUACUUGGCUUACACUAUGAACCCUUUCACUAAUGAGAUGGCACUUGUCGGCUCAUUAUUCGAAUCUGAUCAUAUUAGAGGUGUGCAACCUGAGAUCAACUUUACCAAUUCUCAAGUCAUGGCUAGCUUCCAAGUUAGCUGUGCUGAUAUCUUCAGAGCUGCUCCAAAAAAGCAAAUCGAGGGUAAGAAGGAUUAA